AUGAUCACGCAAUUAGAACCUGAAGGAAUUGAUAAUGCACCUGGAAGAAUUGAUAGUUGGGUGACUUAUGUUGAAUUUGGUAUAAAAAUAAUUUCCCAUUGUUAUCUGAUACUUCAUGAAUUCUCUCCUAAUGAUUCUCAACAUUAUAUAUUUAUCAUACAUAUUUUCAAUAUAUCUGGAGAUUACCUGAUGAGAACAGAAUGGCUUCUUUUUCAAUAUGGAAGUUUUCGUGCACUUUUUCACGCUAUAAGACUUGACCCAACUUUCAUUAAUCUUUCGGUAGCAAGAGCUAUUAUUUCCAAAGGAGCUAUCCUUUCUAGAUAUUUUGUUCAAAGAUUACUUGUUCAGUUUGGCAGAUAUGAUCAACAGUUAAUCAAGUUAAAGACUAUUAAUAAUGCAAGAAACGGAUAA